GUGCUGGUGUCGCGGACGGACACGGAGCCCCCAGCCCGGCCCGCAGCCGCCUUGUCAUGCUGCCCAAAGUGGAGACGGAGGCCCUGGGACUCGCCCGGUCGAAUGGGGAACAGGGGCAGAUGCCGGAAAACAUGCAAGUGUCUCAGUUUAAAAUGGUGAAUUACUCUUAUGAUGAAGACCUUGAGGAACUGUGUCCAGUCUGUGGAGAUAAAGUGUCUGGGUACCAUUAUGGACUUCUCACCUGUGAAAGCUGCAAGGGAUUCUUUAAGCGAACAGUCCAGAAUAACAAAAGGUAUACAUGUAUAGAAAAUCAGAAUUGCCAGAUUGACAAAACACAGAGAAAACGAUGCCCUUACUGUCGAUUUCAAAAAUGUCUAAGUGUUGGAAUGAAAUUGGAAGCUGUGCGAGCUGACCGAAUGCGUGGUGGUCGAAACAAGUUUGGACCAAUGUACAAGAGAGACAGGGCAUUGAAGCAGCAGAAGAAAGCUCUUAUCCGAGCAAACGGACUUAAACUGGAAGCCAUGACUCAGGUGAUCCAAGCAAUGCCAACUGACCUGACAAUAUCCUCUGCAAUCCAGAACAUCCAUUCUGCCUCCAAAGGCCUACCUCUGAACCAUACUGCCUUGCCUCCUACAGACUAUGACAGAAGUCCCUUUGUAACCUCUCCAAUUAGUAUGACAAUGCCGCCCCAUGGCAGUUUGCAAGGUUACCAAACCUAUGGCCAUUUUCCAAGCCGUGCUAUCAAGUCUGAGUACCCUGACCCUUACACUAGUUCACCAGAGUCAAUAAUGGGCUACUCAUACAUGGAUAGUUAUCAAACAAGCUCACCAGCAAGUAUUCCACAUCUGAUAUUGGAACUCCUGAAAUGUGAGCCAGAUGAGCCGCAAGUCCAAGCUAAGAUCAUGGCAUAUCUGCAGCAAGAGCAAGCCAACAGAAGCAAACAUGAGAAGCUCAACACAUUUGGGCUUAUGUGUAAAAUGGCUGACCAAACCCUCUUCUCCAUUGUUGAGUGGGCUAGGAGUAGCAUCUUUUUUAGAGAACUUAAGGUUGAUGACCAAAUGAAGUUGCUUCAGAACUGCUGGAGUGAACUCUUAAUUCUAGAUCACAUUUACCGGCAAGUGGUACACGGGAAAGAAGGUUCCAUCCUUCUGGUUACCGGGCAACAAGUGGAUUAUUCCGUAAUAGCAUCUCAAGCUGGAGCCACCCUCAACAAUCUUAUGAGCCAUGCACAAGAACUAGUAGCAAAGCUUCGUUCCCUGCAGUUUGAUCUACGAGAAUUUGUAUGUCUCAAAUUCCUGGUGCUGUUUAGUUUAGAUGUCAAAAAUCUUGAGAACUUCCAGCUUGUGGAAGGUGUUCAGGAACAAGUGAAUGCUGCUCUGCUGGACUACACAAUGUGUAAUUACCCACAGCAAACAGACAAAUUUGGGCAGCUUCUCCUGCGACUACCAGAAAUCCGGGCCAUCAGUAUGCAGGCUGAAGAAUACCUCUAUUACAAACACCUGAACGGGGAUGUGCCGUGUAAUAACCUUCUCAUUGAAAUGCUGCAUGCAAAGAGAGCAUAAAUUAUACCCAUUAGAGCUUCUGCUUUCAAGGAAAAAAAAAAAAAAAUAUUCUGAACUGCUCCAAGCAACACUAAUUAAAACGUGGUUUUAAGACUUUGCAAAAUGGUAUAAUAAUCAAAUACUAAUAGUAAAUAAGUGAUGUAUCAGGGUAUUUGUAUUGCAAACUGUGAAUCAUAUGCUACACAUCCCCAAAGGAAUCUAUAUAGGACUUUAUACUGGAGUGAAGUGAACUUACCAAGUGGAUACUAUCACCAAUGUCAACAUGAAAAAGGACAGAAUGAUUCUUGUAUAUUUAACUCUGCUGAUUGCCGAUAUGAAGAAACUUAGGAGAAAAAAAACUGAUCCAUAUUACUGAGCUAAGAUAGUGGGGAAUUUGAGCGCACUAAAUUCCUUCACUGUAUCGCAGGACUUCUAAAACAGUUAUAAUAGAUGCAAAACUGUAUCUAUAGCAUCUUCUGUCAUCCUUCCAAGGACCCAACACUUACUUCUUCUGUGAUAAAUGAUGUGGCAUCCAUUCAACAAUCUGUGAGAGAGAGCUGGCGUAGGCCACGUGCUAUGUAGUAUCGCCACCAAAUCCUAAGAGGCUGGUUUUGACUGUCGGUCUCUCAGGCCUGCAAAUCGCUACUAUGAAGAGUCUGUUAUCCAGUUAGCUUGGCAUUCUUACUAUGUUCUGAAGUUUGUUUUGUCACGUGUUCAUGUUGUUCUAUCAGGCAGUAUCCCUCUUCAACUGCUGUUAUUGGAUAGCUAUUAAAUAGCUAAGAUAAAUAUUCCAAAACAAAUUAGCCAAUUCAACUACCUACUUAACCAGUGCAGGGGCUAAAAUAUGGCUCUACUAUAUAUUCAUGGUCAUUUCCAAAUAAAGGAAAUGGAGAUAUUUUAGCCAUCACAAACAAUACCUUCUCUGACAAAAAAAAUAAAAUUUUUAGGACACCAAAUACUGAUGUUAAAAAACUAAAAAUAAAAUUUUAAAAAAAUGCAUGUAGUGAUGCAAGAAUAGACAAAAGAAUUGUAUGACCUGAUGAUGCCAUGGAGCUUAUUAAGAAAUUAUCUUUAAAAUUGCUGGUAAUUAAGAAACUAAAUCUCAACUCAAACAUCCAAUAUCUAAUGAAACUUUUUCUUUUUAAAGUUAGGUAAUGCACGUCUUUUACGCAAAGAAAGAAGAGUGAUACUGCUAUGUCUAUGUAGGCCAAAGUCUGCUGCAGAACAAAUAUUAGAGAAGAACAAACAAUUCUCUCUCUGUCCAAAUGAGGAUAUCAGUAUUAACAUGUAGUGCCACAGUUAAAAGUCUUGCCUUAUUUCAUUACCCUUAAAGGUAACUGUGCAGGUGUGGAUCAACAUACAUUUAAAAUAAAGUAUUAAUCUCUAACAUUAACAAAAACAUCGUGUUUACAUUCUUUAGGUCCUGUGGGGAAAAAGCUGUGAUAAAAUUGCAGAGCAGUGAUUUCCUUAUUAUUUCUUUUAAAUUGGUAAUUAUUUUACCAGUACUUAGUUACUGUAUGUCGUGAGACACUAAAAUCAAUAGGGGUAUUUCUUUUUGAAUUUAAUUUUUGAGAUUAUCGGCUGCACAAUCACUUGUAGAAACUGUAUAAAAUCCUAAUCCUUUAAUUUUGUUCAUGAAGAUUGCUGGCUUUUGAAUAGUUUAUUUAUAUUGUAUAUGAUAGUUUUCACUGUAGACAAUUAUGAUGCUAAUUUAUUGUUCUUUGGUUUCAUCUUUAUAUGAGAUAUAGCCAGAAUGAAGAAGCCAAAUAUAUGUGUUUACUGUAGCAUGUCUUCAAGUUAGUGGAACAUAGUUCAGGGACACACAAGGGUCUUUACAAAUUAAAAUCAUUCACUUGAUUAAAUGUCUGUAAAUCUUCAUAAUCCUAAAUGUAGUUUAUUUAAAUCUAUUGUAAAUUA